AUGGGACCCUCACUUUGUUUAAAUGCAGAAGAUGUUCCUAUUGUACCUGCCGAAUGUAUGUAUACCGACUAUUUGGAUGUCGAAGAAAAUGAUAAUGCAAAUUUUCGACCAAAAACUUUAGAAGAAUCUAUUGUCGAAAACGUUCAUUCUUCUGCUUCAACAACCCCUAAUGAUUCACCAAAAACCUUAAUGAGCCAACAACAGGAACAACGACUUAUAAUUCCUUAUGUAUCACCUCCGCCAGCUCUUUCACCAGUCUUUUCAACAUUGUCCUCAACAAAAACUUUUAAUCAAAAAGAAGAUGAAACUGCUACAAUAACAAAAGAUUCAGAUAAAAAUUCUAAUUCUAAACCUCUUUCUCUCUGCAAUAACAAUAAUCAUAAUUGUUAUCAACUUCUACCAUCAUCCUCCAAUUAUGAUUACGACGUGAUUAUUGAUAACAUUAAAAAUCAAAUAUUUUUAAUUGAAGAAUUAUUUCAAAAAGAAAAAAUUCGUUACGAAACAAGAUUUAAUUAUUUGGAUUCAAUAAUUGAUUUAUUUCUUCAAAUGCAAAAUCAAUUAAACAAAAUGAAAUUGUAA